AUGUCCCCCGCCGGCCCCAAAUCGCAGCGCGGAAGGGCAAGCGAACGAGCCGCUUCGACGACGUGUCUGACUGUGUGGAAUCACGGCGGGGCGGGGGAGCGAUGGAGCAGCCCCAGCCCAGCCCCCGCGGCCGCGGCCCGGGAUUGGCCGUCCAAAUCCCCCGGCUCCCGGCCCUUUAAUCCGCCCACCCAACCGGGUCUCCAUCCGCGCGCCUUGGCUCCGCCUUCCCUGCACUCCGCAGCGGCCAAAGCAGCAGCAUGCCUCGGCAGUAGCACGGGCAGGCAGCAGCUGUCGGGGGCGUCGAGCAGGACUGCAGGAGGUUGCCCGGGGCGCGCCAUGACCUCGCCGCUGCGCUCCCACCUGUGGCUCCUGCUGCUGGGCUGGGCUCUGGCUGGCGGCGGCGGUGGCGCGGCACCGAAGCGCAAGCCUGCCUUCCGGGGCCACGUCCCCGAGAACUGGCCGGCGGGCAGCCGGGUGGCCGGCCUGAGCAUCCCGCUGACCCGCCUGGGGCCGGAGCCGUGGUGCGCCAAGGUGCAAGGGCGGCGCUGGCACCUGCAGCUGCUGGGCGAGGGGCACGCGCACUUCCAGGUGGCCCUGCACGCGCGCUCGGGCCAGGUGUGGCUGCGCACCACGCGGCCCCUGGACCGCGAGGCGCGCGCCCUCUACGCCCUGCGCCUGGCCCUCUGCUGCAAGCGCUGCUCGCCUUCGGGCCGGAGCGCGCCCUCCGAGCUGGCCACCGUCGCCGUCGCCGUGCUGGACGCCAACGACAACGCGCCCCGCUUCGUGCCCCGGCCCGGCAGCGGCCCGGCGGUGACGCGGCUCCGCGUGGCGGAGACCCUGGCGCUGCGGGCGCAAGUGUGGCAGGCGCUGGCGCAGGACUCGGACGCCGGCGCCAACGCCGAGCUGCGCUACUUCGCGCGCCCGGGCAGCGCCCACUUCUUCGUGGUGCCCCGCAGUGGGCGCGUGGUGCUGGUGCGCUCGCUCCUCAACGUCCGCGCGCCCAUCCCGCUGCGCCUCUUCGCCCGCGACCGCGGCCAGCCCGCGCUCCUCAGCGCCCCGCUCGACCUCGAGGUCCUGCCCGAGCCCGUCGAGCUGCCCCUCGGCCGUAGUAAUAGCAGCAGCAGCAGCCGCCGCCGCCGCCGCCGCGGGCGCAGCGCGCGCGCCCUCCUCCGGCCCGAGCCGCCGCUCGCACUGGCGCUGCCCGAGGACGCCCGCCCGGGGACCCUCCUGGCCUCGCUGGGACCCGCGGCCCGCUUCGCCUCCGCCCGCUUCGAGCUGGUCUCGCCUCCGCCCGACGACGCCCCCGUGCGGCUGGACAGGGACACCGGCGAGGUCACCUUAGCCAGGAGCCUCGACAGGGAGGCGGUGGCCAGGUGGGAGAUCAUCUGCCGAGUCCAGGAGCGAGCAGGAAAGAAUUGGUACCUGGUGCAUUUAGAACUUACAGUGACUGAUGUAAACGACAAUGUCCCUGAGUGGACAAUGGAACCUUUCCCAUAUUUGGCCACCGUUUCUCCCAAAGCUUCUGCUGGCACUAAAGUGUACAAGCUUUCUGCUAAAGAUCAAGACGCAGAGGAAAAUGGAGCUGUGGAAUAUUUUCUUGAGGAAGGUGGAGAAGAUCGAUUUGAAGUUGAAAGGGACACUGGCUGGGUCAAAACAACAGGCUUGCCUCUGGUGAAGGAGAGGGAGUAUUUACUAACAGUUGUAGCAGCUGACAAACCUGGCCGGCGAGGCUCUCCUGCCUCCAUUUUCGUGGCUGCUGGCCGUCGACCACCACAGUUUGCCAACACUUCCUAUGCUGUUUAUGUUCCUGAAAACACGCCGCAGGGGAAAUCGUUUUUGACAGUGUCUGCUUUGUCACAUCAAAACAAGUCCCUGAGUUACAGCCUCAUAACUAACCCACAUGGCCUCUUCGGCAUUAACCAGGCAACAGGGGACAUAUACUUCAGUCGAAAUAUGGAUUACGAGAGUGACCAACACCAGUACCUCCUUCUGGUUCAAGCAAGGGAGAACCAAGGACAGCUCAGCAGCACAGUGGAGGUUUGGGUAGUAAUCACAGAUGUGAAUGAUUGUGCCCCAGAAUUCCAGCAGUCCAUCUAUACCAAAGACAACGUCCCUGAAACAGUGACCGUAACAUCCGCACUUCUACAAGUGUCAAGCAGUGACUGCGAUUUUGAAGAAAAUGCAGAAAUAUCAUAUUACACUUUGAGCCCUGAUUUCAGCAUCUCUACUCAUGGCACCAUCUUCCCAGCAACACAGUUGGACUAUGAGCGGCCUAAUCACCUUUACGAGUUUGUAAUUAUGGCUGUAGAUAAAGGAGACCCUCCAAGAACUGGGACAGCCACGGUCAGGAUCCGUGUCUCAAAUGUCAAUGAUGAAGUGCCCAAGUUUUCACAACCCAUCUACAGGAGUUUCGUUUCUGAAGAUGCAGGUCCCAACACACUGAUUGCCACAGUUCAUGCUAUAGAUCCUGAUGGAGAUGGUGUUUCUUACAGCAUUACUGGAGGGAAUCAAAAGGGAAACUUUGUUAUUGACUCUCAGAAAGGGUUAAUUCGCCUGCGCUCAAACCCACUUCCUAAGCUUCAAGGGCCUGAGUAUGUCCUUAAUGUUACGGCUACAGAUGACAAUGCCUCUGGUGGACCCCACUCUCUUACAAGUACUGCUCAGGUCGUUGUACACGUUGAUGAUGUCAACAAUAACAAGCCUAUAUUUCAGAAGUGUCAGUAUUACCGCGAACAUGCAUCUGUGCUGGAGAAUCAGCCCGUGGGAACAUUUGUCUUGCAAGUUGAAGCAACAGAUGAAGAUGAAGCAGCCAAUGGCCGAGUGAAAUAUGGCUUGAUGCACAGGGAUGGUGCCCUUCCUGCGUUCAACAUUCACCCUGACACAGGUGUCUUGACAACGCUUCAAAUAUUUGAUCGAGAGAAGCAGAGAGAGCAUCCUAUCACUGUGACAGCAACGGACCAGGCUGCAGAGCCUCUCAUUGGGAUCUGCCAGAUCAAUGUCGCCAUCUUGGAUGUCAAUGAUAACAGCCCUAGAUUUGAAAACUCCUACUAUGAAUACUUCCUGAGAGAAGACACAAAUGUUGGGACUAGCUUCCUUCGAGUGGCCGCCCAUGACGACGACUAUGGUUCAAACGCCUCUGUUACGUAUUCUGCAGCUGGUGGGAAAACAAGAUAUUUCCAAGUCAACCCUACCACGGGUUGGGUUUACGUCAGUCAACCUAUGAUGCAGAAGUCCUUUAUAACUGAAGAAAUCAUAGCGAUGGAUGGAGGGAACAGGAGUACUAAGGUUGAACUUAGAGUAACUGUCACUAGUGCAAAAAACCAGCCACCUCAGUGGGAAAGAGACAGUUAUGAAGUUGUCAUCCCAGAGAAUACAACAAGAGAUACUUCCAUUGUGACAAUUAAAGCAACAUCCCCCCUUGGCGAUCCACGUAUAACUUAUAAUCUAGAAGAGGGACUUGUUCCAGAGACCAACAUGCCAAUCCGAUUCUACUUGACUCCAAACAGAGAUGAUGGUUCUGCAUCCAUCCUCAUCGCCGAGCCUUUGGAUUAUGAAACCACCAAGACCUUUUUGCUGAGGAUUCGGGCCCAGAAUGUUGCUGCGGUGCCCCUAGCGGCCUUUGCCAUUGUCUAUGUGAAUGUGACAGAUGUCAACGACAAUGUUCCUUUCUUCACCUCAUCCAUCUAUGAAGCUUCUGUAACAGAAGGAGCAGAGAUUGGGACUUUGGUUCUCCAGGUUUCUGCCACUGAUCUAGACCUUGGUCGGAAUGGUGAGAUCACUUAUUCUCUGCUACCUGACCGCAGCGGGGACUAUACAUUUUUCCACUUGGACUCGAAAACGGGUUCAAUCUAUACUGCCUCUGUGUUUGAUAGGGAAAAGAAAGCAUCAUACCUCUUAGAAGUCAAAUCAACUGAUGGCUCUGAAUCUGCUCGUCCAGGAAAGCAUGGACAACCAAAUUCUGACACAGCCUACGUGCGCAUUUUUAUCAGCGACGUGAACGACAACAAGCCCAUCUUCACCAAGAGUGUCUAUGAAAUUAAUGUGGAUGAAGACCGAGAUGUGGGAUCAACCGUUGUUACCGUCAGCGCUAAUGAUGAAGAUGAAGGAGCCAAUGCAAAAUUAAGAUACCAGAUAACAGCUGGAAACACUGGAGGGGCGUUUGAUGUUGAGCCCGAAACGGGAGUCGUCUUCAUUGCACAGCCACUGGAUUAUGAAGAGGCCCAGCUUUAUGAACUGCAUCUGUUGGCUUCUGAUGGAAAAUGGGAGGAUUACGCUAUCGUCCUCAUCAGUGUUGUGAAUAAAAAUGACGAGGCUCCCGUUUUUGCUCUCAAUGAAUAUUAUGGAAGUGUUAUUGAGGAACUUGAUGGCCUUCCAGUCUUUGUUCUGCAGGUUGUAGCAAAUGAUCCUGAUAGCAGCAUGGAUGGAGGAGAUUUAAGAUACUCCUUGCACGGACAUGGUGCGGAUGAUGUCUUCGCAAUAGAUGAGAACACGGGCAGCAUUUAUUCCCAGAAGGUGCUGGAUCGGGAAGAACGAGCCUUUUGGAGAUUUGUUGUGUUGGCAACUGAUGAAGGAGGGGAAGGUCUUACUGGAUUUGCGGACGUGAUUAUAAACGUAUGGGAUAUAAAUGAUAACACCCCAGUGUUCACCUGUAUGCCCAAUGAUUGCAAUGGGAGUGUCUUCGAAAAUUCUCCCGGCGACACGUUCAUCAUGGAGAUGACAGCUGUAGACUCAGAUGACCCCAAUGUGGGCCUCAAUGCCAUUUUGACUUACCAUAUAAUCGAGAAUGUGAAAAACGAGUUUGAUAUGGACUUGUUCAAAAUCAAUCCCACCACUGGCAACAUCUAUGUAGCAGGAGGAAUGUUGGACAGAGAGGAGAUGGACAUAUAUUUCCUUACUGUGGAAGCAAAAGAUGGCGGAGGAUUGACAGGAACAGGUACUGCCACCAUCUGGGUUGCCGAUGUAAAUGAUCACAUCCCUAGUUUCACACGUGAACUUUGCCAUGCCAUAAUUCCCGAAACUAGUGCAGUCAACUCAGAGGUUCUGGAAGUGUUGGCAGCCGAUGAGGACAGUGGAGAAAAUGCUCAGUUAACGUUCAGCAUUAUUGGGGGAGAUUUGGGACAGAAGUUUUACAUUGAAAACCAAGAUGGUCAACAUGCCACGAUCAAGCUGAAAAAACCCUUGGAUUAUGAACAAAUUCAUGAAAGGCAGUUCAACCUUACAAUCAAGGUGGAAGACUUAGAUUUUUCCAGUGUUGCCUCUUGCUUGAUCGAAGUGGAAGAUCGCAAUGACCACAGCCCUGUUUUCAGUUCACAGUUUGUCCAGUUGAGCCCUUUCUUUGAAAACAUACCUGUGGGUACUACCAUCAUCACUGUCACAGCUGUUGAUGAGGAUUCUGGUUUGAAUGGGGACAUUGAGUACUCCAUCCAGUUAGAGUCGGAUCCCUCUGAGCAGUUUGCAGUAGACCAAGAUGGUCAUGUGACGGUGGCAAAAGAGCUGGACCGGGAGGUUAUUCAGGAGUAUGCUCUAGUCAUACAGGCUUCUGAUCAAGGCCUUCCUGCCCAAACAGGAAGUGUUACAAUAUUGAUUGACUUGCUAGAUGUCAACGACAACGGACCAAGGUUUGAGGCACUGUACACGCCUGUGGUCUGGGAAAAUACACCAGGACCUCAACUGGUUUAUAUGAAUCCUACAUCUAGCCUACUUUGGGCUUUUGAUCCAGACAGCGAUGGGAACGGUCCUCCUUUUUUGUUUUUCUUUCCACCCGAUUAUCAGAACACUUUAGAUUUUUCUCUUACUGAUAAUGGAAAUAAUACUGCAACGAUUACUGCUCUGAGGUCUUUUGACAGAGAGAAGCAGAAGGCAUUUCAUCUACCCAUAAUUAUAACGGAUAGCGGGAACCCACCUAUGAGUUCUACCAACAUCUUGACUAUAACGAUUGGUGAUGAAAAUGAUAACAGUCAUGAAGCUGGCCAUAAGGAAAUCUACGUUUACACACACCGAGGAAAAUGGUCAACAACGGUGCUUGGGGAAGUGUUUGCACCAGAUCAGGAUGACUGGGACAAUAAAACAUUUGUCUCGGAAGGAAAGAUUCACAAAUCUUUCAGACUGAAUCAAAGGACUGGUUCUCUGAUCAUGGUGGAUGAUGCUCCCCAGGGGAUAUAUGAGUUAAAAAUCAGGGUGUCAGACGGAAUCUGGCCUGAUGUUGUAGCAUCUGUGCAAAUACAUGUCAAAGAGAUAGAAAACGAAGCCAUUCGAAAUUCAGCCACUGUGCGCCUGGCAGACAUGACUGCAGAGGAGUUCGUAAGGAAAGAUGAGCCUGAAGAAAGCAGGCACGACAAAUUUAAAGACCUGCUCGCUGGAAUCCUCUCGGUCCUUCCUGAUGAUGUCAUUGUUUUCAGCGUGACGAAUGUUGAUGGGAAACAGACAGACGUGAGAUUUGCAGUUCAGAAUGGCUCUUCCUAUUACAGGCCAGAGAAAUUGCAGGGGCAGAUAGCUGCCUUUAAAAAUAAGAUCCAGUUGGCUUUAGGAGUCAAUGUUUCUCAGGUUGAUGUGGAUGAAUGCCGCAGGAUGGAUUGCAGCGGCAGCAGCGGCUGCACAAACUACAUCACGGUGAGUGACAUCCCCACAGUGAUGGACACAGGAAGUGUCUCGCUUGUCUCCAUAACAACCAGCGUCAGCGCCGUCUGCACGUGUGCAGCUAGAGACAGAGUUCAUCGGUCAUGUAGCUCCUACUCCCACAACCCAUGUUUCAAUGGAGGGACUUGCAUUGACAUGCUGAAUGGUUACAGAUGUCGGUGUUCUGCUUCAUUUCAUGGACCUGAUUGUCAGCAGACGAAACACAGUUUCCAUGGAAAUGGCUAUGCAUGGUUCCGUCCCAUCAGGCCUUGUUUUGAGAGUUCCCUCUCUCUCGAGUUCAUUACUGAUGUUCCAGAUGGGCUUUUGCUAUACAACGGUCCUUUGUCAGAUUCAGAUCUCAGGAAUUCGGAAAAUUUCAUUGCAAUAGAACUUUCUCGUGGCAUUCCGGUGCUGAAAAUAAGCCAUGGCUUGGGCACUGUGGAGUUGCAUUUACCCAGUUAUGUGAACGUGACGGACCAAAGGUGGCAUCGGCUUGAAAUGAGAAGCAGCAAGCAGGACGUUCGAUUCAUUUUGGACCAGUGCAAAGCUGCAAUUGUGUCGGAGAUAGAAGGAGUUGGGAAGUGGCUGUCCACUGAAGACAGAACGAACUGCGAAGUCAUGGGUUUUGUUCCACAAGCGAGAAGGUACUUGAACAUGAAUCAAGUUCUCCAGUUGGGUGGUGUGAAAGAUUCGAUUCCUUAUUCAUACCCACAGCUGCAACAUAAGCACUUCACUGGCUGCAUUCGCAAUCUCAUUGUGGACACUCAGGUGUAUGACCUUGAAUCUCCAGCAGAGUCGCUGAACAGCUCUCCUGGCUGCGCCUUGGCAGACAGCAGCUGUGAGAAGAUGGGCUCUUCUCCCUGUGGGGGUCAUGGACAGUGCCUUGGCGAGCCAGCCUCCUUCGCUUGCCAUUGCUUGCCAGGCUACUAUGGCUAUAAAUGUGACAAAGCUGCUGAAGAAUCCUCCUUUGGGCCAGAGAGCUACAUCCGUUAUCAGCUUCCUGUCGCUAUACCUGCUCGCAGAACAUUGGUGGAGGCAAUGAUAAGGACGCGGCAGCCCAGCGGUAUCAUCCUGAAUAUGUCUUCCCGUAACAAGGAUGAACACAUCACCCUGCAGGUGGUCCAGGGGUUACUAGCGGUUUCUUACAACCUGGGAGAUGGAGCACUUGCUGUUGUUCUUCCCUCCUACCAAAUUGAUAACGGCGAGUGGCAUCAUGUCUCCCUGGAGAGAAAUGAGAAUGAGUUCAUUCUUCGCCUGGAUGAAGGAGGUGGGAAGAGAGAGAUCCACAAGGCAGCUGGCACCUACAAAGAGAUCAUCAUUGACCCCCACAGCUUGGUGGUUGGCAACAUAUACCCUGCCAAUCAAACCCACGGUUUCCAAGGAUGCAUGAAGGAUGUCAGAUUCAAUAACUACGGGCUACCUCUAGAUCCUCACCCUAAGGAGCUGGUGUUGAGUGCCCAAGGAGUGAAAAAAGGCUGCCUUUCAGAAGCUUGCAAGAGCAAUCCCUGCAGCCAGCAGUUUAUAUGCAUUGACUUGUGGAUGAUGCACGAGUGCAGUUGCCCUCCAGGACACAUGUUGGUGGAGAAUGCCACAGGCCGACACUGCCUGUACACGGCAUGCGCUCAAAGACCCUGCAACUUUGGCACUUGCAUCUCCCAGUCUGCAAGCAAAUUCCGAUGCCACUGUCCUGACGGCUAUGCUGGCCGUAACUGUGAAAUCACGCUGGCCAUCUUCCACAAGGAUGCUGGGCUGAGCUUCAGCUCUAUGUUUGCCAUCUGCAUUUGUUUUUUGGCCCUUCUAGUUCUGUUCAGUGGUGUUUUCUUGUGGACUCGGUGGAAGAGCCGUAAAAGUAUGGAUGGAGGCAUCUACCAUGUCACCACCUGUCAUGAUGACCUGGAGGACAUCAGGGAGAACAUCCUAAACUAUAAUGAAGAAGGUGGUGGGGAGCAGGAUCAGGAUGCAUAUAACAUGGCAGAGCUGCAGAUGUCUCUCCAAACCAGCCCAGCCUACUCUCUCUACAAGAAGAAAGGGAAACGGACAGAGCUGCAAAGUCCUGUGAGCUGCGACUUCCCCCUCAGCCCCAAGGAGCCCCUGGAAGCCGCUGUGGGUGCUGGAAGGGGCUCCUCCUCCUUCUCAAGUUUAGAUUUCGGAUGCUACCUUUCUGGCGUGGUCAGAAAUGUUGAUCAGCAGCACCAUGCUUUGCCGUGUGAUUCUUUGCAAGUGUUCUACACUGAAGGAGAGUGUUCAGAAGCCAGCAGUCUAAGUUCUCUUGGCUCUUGUGGCUGGGAUGAAGAUACGGUGUAUGGAGAUAUUAAAGAUUGGGGGCCAAAAUUUGAAAAACUAAGUGAACUUUAUUCGCAUGCAGAGCCUGAUGAUAUCUAGGCAACUGAAUCAAUCUUUGCAUUAUGCUAGACAGACUCUUGACUUUAAAAUAAAAAAGGUGAUUUGAGAAAGUUGAAGUCAAAUACCCACCCACCCAAGGUAGAUGUUGGACUUGAUGCCAGAUACCCAACAAAGGGCUUUGACUGUGCAAACAGCCAAUCCAAGGUGAAAAAUGGGAUUGAAAACUACUGACACCUGCCUUGGAAUCCAGGAAGAAAAGGGCAGAGAGGAGACUGGAUUUGAAGUUGACCUUAUAAUUGUUGCAGGAAGAUUAAGAAGAAGAAAACACAACACAUCCUCUGCAUUGGUGGUGACAGAGGAUGCCUUUUCCAUAGGGUGUUUUUUUCUGCGCGUAUAUAAGGAACUGGAGGGAAAAUUCAGCACUAGGUAAACUGUAUUCAUCUUGGGACUCUGCAAGGACCUGUUGCCAUGGCUUGUAUUAUUUAUGCUGCUGCUACUGCAAUAAGUUGUGAAAUUUUUAGUGUACAAUUUUUAUCACUGUGCUACUGCAUUGGAACGAAGCUUUCUCCUGAACUUCAAAGGCCCGUGCUAUGCUUCUUCUGAUGUCAGAACCUGGCCUUGGUGUGGGUUUUUCUCAUAAAAAAGAAACCUGGCUAAAAUCACCCCAUGUCCUUCCCCAGCUCAAGAGGGAACAAGAUCUUGUAUCUGGGCACAAGAUUCUGAAAUCCAUUGCUUGCCAUGUUUACCACUCAGCCCAAAUCAGCUGUUUUGCCACUGAAAUGGUCCAAGCCAGAAAUAUCUGCUAGGAGUUGCUUUUCUGUAUGUCAGUCGAAAGAUGCCAAAAUAAGAAAGAUUCCAAACAACCAAACAUCCAUAUUUGUGCAGUCCUGUGUUGGCAGGAGAUUAAUCAUCUGGUCGAUCACCAACAGGGCUCACUGUAGACUUGUGUUCCUGUGUUUUGCAUUGCUCCAGCCAGCUGUUGCCUAGAUCUCUCUGCUCUUGAUCUCCCCAUGCAAAGGGGCCACACUCCCCCGCCACCAAGAUUUCAGAAGUUCCCCUUCUCUAGUAAUCCUCAAUGACUGGUUAACACAGGUGCAUUAUAUGGACAAAAGUAGUGGUUUAUCUUCAGUAAUGGCAUUUUUUUAAAAAAGAUGCACACAUUGAGAUAUAUAUUUAUUUAUUUGUUAGAUUUAUAUACCACCUUUCAUCCGAAGUCCCCAAGGCUGCUUUCAGGCAUCAUAAAACAUCCGGCAAAUAUAAAAUAGAAUAAUAAGUCCUCAAAAAGCUGUAGCAGUUGGAACAGGCAGGGGUGUAGCAAGGUUGGAGGGGGCCCUGGGACAAAAAGUAAAGAUGCCCUCUGUCCACUCCCUGCCAAAAAUAUGCCCUCCGUAACUUUGCUGCAGAAGAACCGUAAGGACAUGGAGAAAAACCAUUCUCGGCAUACCCUUUCUCUCCUCCCCAUUCAGAUCAUAUCACAUAUUCCCCACCACCACCCCACCCACCCAGACUUUCUUCCACAUACUUGCACGUGGGAAUUUCCUGGCUCAGAAACAGGUUUUUUUAAAAUCACAUUGUAUUUACCUGAAUCCGAGACUAGGUCUCUCCCCCCCCCCGCCCAAGUUCUUUGAUGGUAGAAAUCAGGGAGUUGUCUUAAAUACAGAGUCCAGUUCCUUUUGGGUAAAUAUGGAUAUAGCAUGUAUUUCACCUCUGACUCUGGUGGUGGAGGAGAGUGGUCUUUAAAUUCAGAGUCCUCUUCUCUUCGGGUAAAUUUGGUAUAUACCUUGGCUUGAAGCCAAGAUGAAUUCCCCUCUCAGGAGCCCCGCAGUAUGCUGGGAAAUCAGGGAGGUGGGAAGGGAGAAGUGAACUGUGAGCUGUUGCUCAGCCUGUGAGGUCUCUGUCCCUUCAGAGACCCAGGGACAUUUGUCUGCCCUUGCUCCAUUCUGCCUACGCCUCUGAUGGAGGCGGCAAUGGUGACGUUUUGCCUUCUCAUUUCCACCACCACCUCUGGUCGUUGGUGACUCUGUAGCCCUUCGGAAGGGCUUUAGAGAGGGCGGGGCUAGUAAAUCUUGAAACAUUGUUUGCAUUCCAUAUAUUUAACCCAGGUGCAACGGAAACCCCGCCUUUCCUGAAACCUUGAGAUGCUGAAGUUGAUUAAGCAUCUUAGCUGUCCAUUUACAAGCUACAAACUGCUGGUUUGGCCAUUUGGGGCUGACUUCACACAAGCAGUAUAAUGAGUUUGGGGUGGAUUGGUUAGAAUAGUUUGUACCAUUGCAGAUGACAGGGAGGGUCAUUGCUGGAUGUUCUCUUUUAAAAACCAAACAAAAAAAUGCUACAGUAGAAAGGUAGCAGCCACCUAAUGGUGCAGUGGGGAAAUGACUUGACUAGCAACCUAGAGGUUGCCGGUUCGAAUUCCUGCUGGUAUGUUGGUGGACUAUGGGAAACACCAAUAUCAGGCAGCAGCAAUAUAGGAAGAUGCUGAAAGGCAUCAUCUCAUACUGUGCGGGAGGAGGCAAUGGUCAACCCCUCCUACCAAAGACAACCACAGGGCUCUGUGGUUGCCAGGAGUCGACACCGACUCGACGGCACGCUUCACCUUUUACCUUUAGAAAGGUAGCAGAGCAGAUAGCUGUUUUAACCCUUUCUUCCUAUAAUGCUAGGGUUUUUUUUUUAAUUAGCAGGGAGCUUUUUAUGUGUGAGUAUGGUCCUGUCAUGGCUUAAAUAGCCACUGCCAGCACUCAAGCCCGAUUCAGACAUUAUGCUUGUGGAGUGUACAGAUGUCUGAACACUCAUACAUGUGUUUGUGUGAAUGACGGUACCGGGCUCAUUUUAAAAGUGAACCUGGAUGCAGGCCCUUCAAAUGCAUGGUACAGAUAGUUUAAACAAAGGUUUACUGAAACAUAAGUAUAAAUUUUGGAGUGGGGAGGGGGGAAUCCUUUCAGCAACAUUGCAAUUACUGUACAACACAGAGCAAUAGCACUUCUUAUUUCUAUUUCUUUAUAUGUUGCUACUUUGUAACACCUCUCCCAUAUCUGCAUAAGCCUGACUGACUUAUACAAAUAUGACGAAUAUUUAUAUACCCCUUCCCCAUAAAAGGUCCCAAAGCGGUUUACAUAGAUAUAAAUAAACAUAUAAAUACAUAAACUGGCCCCCUGUCCACCAAAGGGCUCACAAUCUAAAAAAGACGCAUAAGAUAGACAACAGCAACAGCCACUGGAGGGAUGCCGUGCUGGGGCCGGAGAGGGCCAGUUGCUCUCCCCCUGCUAAAUAAAGAGAAUCGCCACUUUUAAAAGCUACCUCUUUCCUCAGCUAGCAGGGGAUUACCUAUACAGAUUCUAACAGGGACUUCUGUGCAGGGACUAUUCUUCUCUGGCAACCAACUUUGUACCUUGUUCCAUCUUUAAACCAUUCAAUCAUAAGAACAUAGGACUACUUUGAAUCAUUUCCCUUUGUGAUUUAAAAGCUGAUAGGAGAGGAGAGCUGGUCUUGUGGAAGCAAGCAUGAUUUGUCCUCUUAGCUAAGCAGGGUCUGCCCUGGUUGCAUAUGAAUGGGAGACUAGAUGUGUGAGCACUGUCAGAGAUUCCCCUCAGGGGAUGGAGCUGCUCUGGGAAGAGCAUCUAGGUUCCAAGUUCCCUCCCUGGCAGCAUCUCCAAGAGAAGGCUGAGAGAGAUUCCUGCCCGCAACCAUGGAGAAGCCACUGCCAGUCUGUGAAGGCAAUACUGAGCUAGAUAGACCAAUGGUCUGACUCAGUAUAUGGCAGCUUCCUAUGUUCCUAUGUUAACUUUUUAAAAAGCAAACUUUUGAACAGAAAAACACUCUCUCGCACCCUUCCACCCCACUCUAUAUUGACCUUUUUGUCACGGUGCAUUUAAGAACAGGAUAUCGCCGCCAAUCUGCUGUGGCACAGUCUGCUCUGUUUUGACACUUUGCCACCUUAUUCCGCUUCUUGUGCAGACAAGCCUUCACCUAGAAUCGGAAACGCCACAAUAUUCCUGCAAUUGGGGUUGCUUUAAUGCAACAAUCAAUUACCGCCUUGAGAUUGUUUUAAUGAAUGGCAGUAUAAAAAUUUAACGAUAAACAAAAUAAUAUGCUUGGAUCACUUAAUUCCCCCAAUCCCAGUUUUUCUUUUCAAAAGGAGCCUUGUGUUUCCAAACUCUUAGAAAUGUAUAGAAACCACAGACUUUCAACAAGCUUUUUUGUUCUUCCUGACAUGAGCUGUAGAAUCAUCUGACGAGCCAUCUCUACAAAUAUCAUCCCAGCACUAGUCAUCCUGGCUUCUGCAAAAAUAGGAAUUCUCUGGCAGGGGAUAAAAAUCAUUCCAAAGCCAUUUGGGACAAAUCCCUCCAUUAGGAACAAUGGUUUUAAGGUAUGAUUUGCUGUAUGUUGAUCCACAUUUUCCAUCCCCCCCCCUUGACUAGCUCAAAUGCCAAUGUGCUGUAUUUUUACUAAUAGCUACUAAUAUCUGAAAUGAAGAAAAUACUCUA